AUGAAAGAACUUGACCAAUUAAUCAAGCGCAGUUGCUGGACACCGAUCAGUAUUGAGAAACUGAAACCGACCAAAAGAAAGAAGGCCGUAGAUGCGAUGAUGCUACUUGCCGAAAAGAAUGAUGGCGUAACAAUCAAAGGGCGGUGUGUAUUCAAAGGUAACGAGACCCGGGAUUGGUUGUCUCGUGAAGACACUGCAAGUCCCACAGCUUCGCAUGAAGCUAUUAUCUGCACGGGUGUAAUUGAUGCCCAUGAAGGUAGAAACGUCAUGUCAAUGGAUAUACCUAACGCGUUUAUCCAAACAUUAAUGCCCGAGCAGGAAGAAGGAGAAGAUCGAGUAAUAAUGAAGAUUACUGGGCUGCUGGUCGACUACAUGAUUGACCUAGAUCCGACGUAUCGGGAUUUUGUAGUAAUCAAAAAUGGACGUCAAGUGAUCUAUGUUGUGAUCCUCCGUGCUAUUUAUGGGAUGUUACAGGCUUUGUUGUUAUGGUACCGAAACCUGAGAGCAUCACUGGAAGAAUAUGGAUUCGUGUUUAAUGUAUACGAUCCGUGCAUUGCAAAUAUGAUGGUCAACGAAAAGCAAUUGACUAUCAGGUUUCAUGUUGAUGAUGUGCUAGCGAGCCACAUGGAACAAAGAGUUCUUGAGGAUUUCUUUACAUGGAUAAAUGGGAGAUACGGAGGACUAAAGGAAGUGACUUGCACACAUGGACGAGUUCACACCUACCUGGGAAUGACAUUGGAUUAUUCAAAGAAAGGCAAGCUGAAGAUUCGAAUGGACGAUUAUGUUCAAAGAAUGCUUGACGAAUUUUCUGUCAAGUUUAAAGUGGAUGACAAACAGGAAACACCUGCUGGCAAUAAUUUGCUGGAGGUAGGAAAAGGAAAACUAUUGGAUAAAGAUCAACAGACCGAGUUUCACCAGUUUGUUGCAAAACAUUUGUUUUUGACUAAACGCGCGCGUCUGGAUAUGCAUCCGACGGUGGCAAAUUUGGCAUCACAAGUUCAAAACCCAAAUCAGAGUGAUUGGCAUAAACUCGUGAGACUUAUGAGAUACAUGCACUCUACCAAGAAAUGGCAUCUCACGCUGAGCGCUGACAACCUUCGUGUAAUGAAGUGGUAUGUUGAUGCGUCUUUUGCAGUUCACCCUGACUUUAAGAGUCACACAGGAGGAGUGAUGACCAUGGGUGGUGGAGCCAUGCAGGCUAUGUCCAAGAAACAGAAGUUAAACAGCCGCAGCAGUACACAUGGAACUAAUUGGAGUAGAUGA